AUGGCAUCCCCAGACCCUUCCCAGUCCGAGCUACGGCAAUUCUACAUCGGCAAAGACAUCAGCGAAGUCCCCAAGCCAGCCGCCAUCCUCGACAUAGCAAUCAUCAAACGCCACUGCGAGACAAUGCUGCACACAAUCAAAGCGCUCAACGUCGGAUUCAGAGCGCAUAUCAAAUCGCACAAGACCCCCGAACUCGCCAAUCUCCAAAUCGGCGACCUCUCCUCAGCAAACUUCAUAGCCUCAACAACCCAAGAGAUCGAAAUGAUGAUCCCCACCCUACAGCACCUAGCAAGCCAAAACCGUAACCCCAACAUCCUCUACGGCAUCCCCCUAGUCCCAUCCAGCGUCCCCCACCUAUCAAAAGCAGCAACAACCCUAGGCCCCAACACCCUCACCGUGAUGAUCGACCACCCAGACCAACUACCCUACCUAGAAACCCUCUCUACCCAAGCCGGCCACGCAAUCUGCGUCUUCCUGAAAGUAGACACCGGCUACCACCGCGCCGGUCUCCCACCCACUUCCCUGAACAAGAACGGCUUGUUACAGAAACUGGCUGCCGCCGAGGAAGCAGGUCUUGCCAGGCUCCUGGGCCUAUACUCACACAGCAGUCUCAGCUACAGCGGUACAACCCCGCAGGAAGCGAUGGGUCAUCUGAUAGCCGAGAUUCGCGGGUGCAAGGAGGCGUUAGAGAAGAAUAUACAUCUUCUACCCGAACGGGAAUUGGUUAUCAGCGUCGGCGCAACGCCGCAGGUUGUUUCUUCUCAGAAUCUGCUCCGUGAAGAAAAUGACUGUGCAGAAGCACGGGAAUUGAAGGAGUUACUGCGUGAUACGAAGGUCGAGCUGCAUGCUGGUGUUUAUCCGCUUUUGGAUGUACAGCAGUUUUCUACGCAUGCGAGUGCUGUUGCUGGGAAUUUGGAGGAUGAAUGUGCUAUUUCGGUGCUGGCUGAGGUGUGCAGUGUGUAUAAUGAUGGUGAGCGCGAGAAGGCUGAGGCGUUGUUGGCGGUUGGGACGUUGGCGCUGGGAAGGGAGCCGUGUGCUAGUUAUGCUGGGUGGGGGGUUGUGAAUUCGUGGCGGGUGGAGGGGUUGGAGAAAGACUCGGAGAGUUUGAUUGUUAGCCGGAUUAGCCAGGAACAUGGGAUUGUUGCUUGGGAGGGGCCAUCGCCGAGGGAGAUUCCGUUGAGGAUUGGGCAGGUUGUUAAGGUGCAUCCUAAUCAUGCUUGUGUUACGGGUGCGUUCUAUGGGUGGUAUUUUGUUGUUGAUUCGCAGCAGGAUGGUGAUGCUGCGAGGAUUGUUGAUGUCUGGGUUCGGGCGAAGGGGUGUGGGAUGAGGGCUUGGUAA